AUGUCCAAGAUCAACAAAGGAAAGUUUGCAUGUUGCAAUUGUGAACAAGCUGAAAAGAUGUUACUCAAAAAGCAACUAUCAACAAACAUAGACACAACGAAUGAACUAAACCGCUAUGUUGAUUUUAUUGAUACGCAAUUUGAUGACUUUGAUAAAGAAGUGAAUUCGAUGAAAAUGGAAAUAAAAACUUUGAAGACCGAAAAUAAAAACAUUUAUAACGAAAAUAAAUAUUUAUUAAAUGAAAUUUCGAUUAUUAAACAUAAAAGCAAUAUUAUAGAACAAAUAAAUUUUAGACAUUUUGUUUAUAUAACCGGAAUACCCCCAACUGAGAAUGAAAACUUACCAGAAAUCGUAAAAAAAAUUGGUUUAAAAACCAAUACGAAAAUCAAGGUUAUAGUGGCAACCAGAUUAUACAUAAAUAACUCAUCUAGGAGCAUUAUUGUUGCCCAACUUGAAACCAUUGAUAUGAGAAGAAACCUUAUCUACAACAGUAAAAUAUCUAAACUUACAGCCAAUAAUAUUCUUAAUAAUUGGCCUAAAAAAAACAACGUUUAUAUUGAUGAAAGAUUAAUAAAAUACAGGUGA